AGUGUAAGCAUGUGGAAACUCAAUCAUUGUAGAGAGAGAAAGUAGGUUUUCAUGCAGUACAGAGAGAGUUCAGAGAAAGUAUUUAGAGAGAAAGAAACAGCUUUUGGGUCUGAAAGGGUAAGAUUUUCAGAUUUGAAUUUUGUUUGAGUUGGAAGUGGAACAUAUAACUUCGCCUGUGGUGGAGAGAGAAAAGAUAGUGUUCCAGCAGUAAAGAGAGAAAACAAAGUUUUCGAGGAGAGAGAAAACGAAGUUUUCAAGGAGAGAAGUUUCCAGGUUUGCAUUCUUGGGAGAGAGAGAAUUUAGUUUGAGUUUUCCAAAUCUAGAGAGAGAAAGUUGUCAAUGGGUGAAUCUGGAGCAGUCCCUCAUGUCCUAAUAUUUCCUUUCCCAGCUCAGGGCCACAUAAACAGCAUGCUCAAAUUAGCCGAGCUCUUUGUUUCUCUCACUAACUUCCACGUCACCUUCCUAAACUCGGAACACAACCACAAGAGACUCGGUCUGCGAGCCGAUUCGUUAUUGGAAAGGGUCCAUUUCGAGGCAAUAACCGACGGUUUACCCGAGUGCCACCCGCGCUCGGCCGACCGGAUCAUGGACCUAUUCGACUCGCUCAAAGCUCGAACAAAACCGAUUUUCAGGGAGAUGUUGAGAGAGAAAGCGAAAAGGGGCGAGCCACCAGUGACCUGUGUGAUAGGUGAUGCGAUACUGUCUUUUAUUUUGGAGAUUGGAGAAGAGGUUGGGGUGCCGGUUAUUGCUUUUAGGACUGUGAGUGCGUGUUCUUUGUGGGCUUACUUCUCUAUCCCUUGGCUUAUCGACGCUCGAGUUCUUCCCAUCCCCGAGGGUGCUGACAUGGACCAGACAGUAACUUGUGUACCAGGAAUGGAGGGUUUGCUCCGGCUACGGGACCUCCCAAGCUUCUGUCGAGAGCGGGACAUCUCGAACCCGGGCCUCCAACUCGUACAGAACGAGACUCGCCACACAGUCAAGGCUAGAACCCUCAUCUUGAACACAUUUGAGGCUCUUGAGGGCCAAACACUCAACCAAAUCCGCAAGCAUUGCAAAACGGUCCGAGCCAUUGGGCCACUACACGCGCUACUCCGUGCCCAAGGCCCCAAAGCACCACCACUUUUUCCCUCCAUGAGCCUAUGGCUCGAGGAUAGAUCAUGUCUCACGUGGCUCGACUCCCAGGCCCCUGGCUCCGUCCUGUACGUGAGCUUCGGCAGCUAUACUGUAAUCUCCCGCCGUCAGUUAACAGAAUUCUGUUAUGGAAUUGUUAAUAGUGGGAAGCCUUUCUUGUGGGUUAUACGUCCCGACCUUUUGGAUGGAGAGGAGGCGGUGCUGCCCGAGGAACUCGCAUUGCAGGCAGAGGCACAAGGAAGGUUCGUGAAAUGGGCCCCUCAGGAGGAGGUGCUCCACCAUCCUGCGGUGGUUGGAUUCUUGACUCACAGCGGAUGGAAUUCGACUCUGGAGAGCCUGGAGGCCGGAGUUCCCAUGCUAUGUUGGUCCUUCUUCGCAGAUCAACAGGUUAACAGCCGGUUUGUGGAGGGUGUGUGGGGGGUUGGGUUGGACAUGAAGGAUGUGUGUGAUAGGGUGGUCGUAGAGCAUAAGGUAAGAGAGCUUGUCGAGAACGAGGGGCCGAGGCGCGCCGCACGUGCUAUGGCGGAGCGGGUGAGAGAAAGUGUGAACCCUGGGGGCUCUUCUUUCAUGGAGUUUGAGGAGUUGAUUGAUGAUAUAAGGUCAAUGAGAGCUUGUACCCUCUAGGCACCUGAGUGAUACACAUGAGACUGGAAUUGCAGGAAUUUGUUUUGGUGUUGUGCUUUAAUUCUUUAAAAAUGUUAGGGAAGGUAGGAAAAUUUGAUAAAUAUGGUACCAGAAAUUUUGAAAUUAUUCUGUGUAGUUUUGAUAUGUUUUAGUGGUAUUUAAAUUAUUGAAAAGUUACUUUUGA